GCUUAAUCUGACACCCUCACACAUCUUUGAACUCUAUUCAUUCACAGAACAUCCCCCUCCCUCUCGUCAGAGAAGUAGACAAUGUCCUCAUGCAGCACUCCAUCCAGCCUUCUCAUGUUGCAAUGAAUCUCCUUCGCGCAAUAUUCUAUCUAGCCAAGGAGAGGCGCUGUAAUCACAGAUGACGAACUACCUCUAGUUGUUGGAGGACUAUGUUGUAAAAUCUUUCAAUUAGUUAUAUUUCGAUAUAGUUCAAAUGCUGGGAGAUUUGGUCGAUUGUGCAAUUAACAACUUAACCGGAGGAUGCACCACUUCAACGACCCAAAACCAAAGGUUAUAUUGUUGUUGAGGACAGUGCCGUUUUAUUCUGACUGACUGGUUAGCUGCAAGCCAACAGUUGGAGUUGCUAGCUACCCAGCUAGCUAAUCUUAAAAAGUCACGUCUCCAGCUGGCCUGCUAACCUAAUUUACGUUAACAUUUGUUGUAAGGGUAAUAUCUCGCUAGUUUGUUUUUCAAUGCGUUGUUUGUUUAGCCUUUGUGCAACCAUAUGAAUUGGGUUUCUGGGUGUUUUAUUAAAAGGUUAGCUUGCUAGCUAGCUACGAAUAGUCGCUUGCAGUAACUGGAGUCAAAAGUCUGACUUCAUUUAACAAAAUGAGAUAGAAGGAAGACACCAAGUACAUUUCCCGCUGAUUUUAGCGGCUCUGAAUUGGAUCGAAAGCUUUGUGUGUGAGGCCUGCAGGUCGGGCUUUCACCGAGCUAGAUUAGGACCGUACGCCGCCUGUGAACUCUCUUAGGCCGACAGCUCGCGCUGCUAGGCUGGAGGCCGGGGAUUUCAACAGAUGGAACGAAUGGAAGUGGACCAGUGCGCAGGCGCAACUACCGGGAGCGGAGGAGGGGCCCUUCGUAGAUCGAACAGCGCCCCCAUGAUCACAAGUGUCAGUGAUGGUAUGACAGUGUUCAGUCCAACUAGUUCAGUCCGGUAUCGGCGGAGCAGUGUCUCUGUGAAUCCCAGUUGCCCUUAUCGGGCCGUCCCCUUGUCCCCUUUUUCAUUGGGUGGUGAGAGACCAGACCACAAAAGGCAGGUUGAGAAUAUGGAGAUGACACUCAGGGGGAGUCUUCAGAGACUAAGUGCUUCCAACCUGGUCCCUCCUCCAGUCAGUCACUGGCAUGACCAUUCAUCAGGGGGAUUCCAUUCACAGGACAGUGGUGUCACACCCAAUUCGUCCCCUAGUCCAACUCGAAGGUUUAGGGGGCCUACAGUCAGUUCUACUGUGAGAUGGCCUGCCCUGACGCCACUGAAAAGGAAAGGAGGUGUGGAGUCUGAUGGCCCGCCCAAGAAGCUGUUUGUUGCCGGGGUAACAGAACCUGCUCACCAGACUAGUUACACAGUCAGUGUGUCCCAGGCAUCAGCAGACUCUCCUACAGGUGGUGUGUCUGUGUGUGAUGCCAGUCCCCAGGGUAGUCCACUGUCCCUGUCUCCUCCCCCCUCUUACCAGCCCAACAUCUAGACACCCCAACACUAGGAGCCUAUCAUAGACCAGGACUACAGUCAGACUGUCAGGGCCCUGGAUCCCUCUCAACACAGCCCCACCCACCCAGUCCACCUACAGAGCCUGGGAAUCAACUCAGUAAGCCUAUCAGAACCUUAGUUUCUACGCAAUCUGCCUAUCAGGGAGCACUCCUCUCUCUCAAACCAUCAGAGCCUUGGGGAAACAUGGCUCCUGAAGUAAUCAGAUCUGGAUUUGUAAUCAAGAUAAUAUCUAGAUGUUAUACAAAGACUGGCACCCGUACUUUGUUAAUCAAAAUGUUGCAGGAAAUGCCCUGCUAAAGGAAGUUGGUGACCAGCGCAUUGUAAGGUAGUGUCAGGGUGAAGAGAUUGUGAUGACAAUGGGAAAGAACUUUGAAAAUAAUUUGACUAACUUCUGGACUCACUUUUUGCUGUAGUUGACAUGUGGGUUGUGUUGUGAUAACCAAUGUCAACUAUGGUUGUAAUUUUCCUUGUUGGGAUUUUCUUUUUCUCAUAUCCAGAGGUGUUACUGGUACUGUAAAACAGAAUGACUUCCAAUAGUCUUCCAAUAGUCAAGAAAAGGCCCUGUCUGAAGUUGUGUUCAGGGGUAACGGUGAGGGAAUGUUGUAUCCCACUGAACGGGACCCAAUGGUCCAGUAUUCUUUGAUAGUCCAGAAGUUAGCGCUCAAACAUGAGACAUUAAGUCACCACAGCGGACUGCCGAGCCGGUGUAUAUGUGAAUAGUGUAAUGACAUGUGAAUACGAGGAUAUAACCAGGGCUGCCUUUAUGGCCCCUCACUUUCUCUGGCUGUGGGGGUUUGUACUGUAAAUAUAGAAUCCCCAAGCAAAGCUCUGCCCAGAGGACCCUCCCAAUCCUGGUCCUUAAGGGCCCAAUCCUAAUGAUUGUUCUGCGUGGAUACUGGUAACUCAAAUUUUAGCACAAAUCUGUCAUUGACAUGACAGAGCAAUUCCACUGUAUCAGAGUGACACAAACCACGUUUCCAUCCACAGUUUUUAUGCCAGUAAAGUCAUUGUAUAAAAACAUUUUUUUUACGACAGCUGUGAUGGUAACAGGAAGUUUCAGUACAAUAUCCUAAAUGCCGACAGAUAAUUUGUUAAUUCGACACGAUGGGAUCUUUUUGUCUGUAAAAUAAAUUAUGCGAGAAAUGGCUUUAUGCUCUAAUAUUGAUAAAAUAACCAUCAUAUCGAAGUAAACUUGGAGUCACACGAUGAUGUGUUGUCCUCCCACUACAACUCAGGGAAACAAUGCAGUUUAUUAGCCUACAGAUUAAAUAAAUUAUGAACUUCACAGGGUGGGGAAAGUACACAAUGCUCCUUUGUAAUAAAUAUCGAGUCUUAUUCUGGUGACAUGAUGAUCGAUACUUGACUGCCAUUUUGACAAAUAAAAAUAUUCUGGCUCUGAUCCAUAAUAAUCUCAUCAUGUAGACUAGGCAACCUGCAUUGUAUUGGCUAGAGCGCAGGUGCCAAGACCAGAGUAGGCACAUUUGCUAUUUAACACAACUGUUUGUGACCAAAGUAUUGGUAGAGUGAAAACUUAAGCGAAAAUGUAUGUUUUGUGUGCACUGUCAUCACACACCGAUUAUUAUUGGUCAGUUUGGUGGAAACCACCACCGUAUUUUAGAAUAUUCAAAUGAUAAUCUGUCGCCAAUUGGAUGGAAACCUAGCUACAGACUCACUUUUUAAAUAGAAAAAACUGUCAAACACCAUACAACUCUAUGCACAAGGACUACUUUGAACAAUUACCUGAACAUUUUACAACACAUUUACUUGAUGAAGGAAUCACCUCUUGACAGGUGUGUGUGUGUUCUUUAGUUAGAUAGAAAGGACCAGGACUGGGGAUCUCAGUCCUCUGGGUAGAGCGUGAUAUUACCCUUUUUCUAUAUGAGUACUUUAACAGAGGUAGUCUGUGGGGUGUUAACAUAUAUUUUUCCCAUGGAUUACAUUGCUGACCGGUCUUAUUCAAAUUCUGUAAAGUGGUAUGGUUAUACAUGCUCAGUACCCUGGUAGAUAACAUAAGUGACAUCUAGGGCAUAUCAUGUUGUUUGGGUUGAUGUAAUUUAUGGGAAAGUUGUGGUUUUUAACUGACUAUGUGACCUCCAGACCUUUUGACUUGUGAAAUAUAUAGUCUAUAUAAGCUGCAGUGUCUUAUACAAAAACAGAAUGUUAUCGACAGUAACUGUAAUACUCUUAAUUCAAAUACCCUUUCCAGAGCUGAGUUUUACAGCAAAUGUCUUUUUGUAGACCGUCUACUUCCAAUUUCACAAUUUUGCACAGUAUUAGUUUCACAUUAUUAAUCAAUAUGGCUGUUACACGAAUGGGAUCAUAUCCUGAUUUUAAGACAUGCUGUUGCUUUGUAUAUUUAGCUUCAUUUGCUUGUUUCUCAUCAGGUUACUUUCUCUGUCCUGUCUCAGAGAAGUGCUUGGGUCAGCAAGGGUUGAGGGUCAUCUGCUGAUCUUAACCACUGAUUUUAGAUGAAGGAAUUUUGUUUUUCCUUAGUGACAAUCAGUGAAUUUGGAGGGAAAUAAAAACCUCCAGUUCAAGUUAUAUUCAUGUUCACUUAUUCUCAAGACUAUAUUUUGACUGCAUACAUUGUUUAGAUUGACAACCAGCAUCACAGCUCCAUUUCUCGCCAAGGUGUAUGAUUGAGAUCCUAGUGUAGAUGAUCAACUCAUGUUGCCAAAGCCAAAUGAUUAACUUUUGAUACUCAUUGUACACAGACUAGCUUUCAGACGCAUGUAUUAAAUACUCUUUCCUAAUUAUGGGGAGAUAUCCUGUAAAUGCAUACUGAGUCAAAUGACAUGAACAUCCACAAAAGAUGCUGAUCUGUCUGAUAUAGCCAACUCCAUUUUAAUCUGCGGUUAACCUACAAGUAAAACUUGCAAUCAAAUGGCACUAACAUUCAAUGGUAGUUUCACCAAUCCCAUCCUUGUUGCAGAAGAUAAACUAGUGGGAAAUAAAUACAUUUGGACAUGAUCUGAAGCCAAAUAUAAAAUAUUUAAAUAACCUGUUGAUGUUCAUUGUAGUUGACCCACAGGGUUUGCAUGCCUUAUCAGCAGUGUUUCCCAGUGUCCUGUCAUAUGAGACCACUGCCUGUAGGAGAUAAGCCUGGGUCUGACCAAGGUGACAUAUCUAGGAGACAAACAGAAGCCACGUCUGGCUGUCUCAAUUGCAAUACUUCAACAAGGAGACCAGCUGGUUGUUGCGAGGUCAGUUAAAAACACUUGUAUUGCCAUUUACUGAUUGUUUUAUUGUUUCCUUUUCAUUAUUGUUGCUGUUGUCAUUAUACAAAAUAUCACAUUUAAAAAAAAAAGUGAACAGCCACAAUCUUAUUGAUUGUUUUCCAAAUAUGACAUGUCAGUGUUAGAGGGCUCCUUUUACCCUUUUUUAUUUUUUACUGACAAUAGAAUAAAACAGAGAGAGAAGAGGUGAGAAAGGGAAUUAAAGCACAUUGCCAGAACAUUCAGACAAGUAUUUUCAAACUGUAAAUAGCUUUGACAAGUCUCUACAUAAAGAGAAGAUUGUAUUUUUAUGGAACUGUAAGCACAAGAAAGUGAGAAUGUACACCUUUUAAAUAUUGUAUUAUAUAUAUAAAUAAAUAUCAU